AUGACCGAGACCACCAAGACCCACGUUAUCUUGCUCGCCUGCGGCAGCUUCAAUCCCAUCACCAAAGGGCACAUUCAGAUGUUCGAAAGAGCCAGGGAUUAUCUGCACAAGACUGGAAGGUUCAUCGUGAUUGGAGGGAUUGUCUCCCCUGUCCAUGACUCCUAUGGAAAACAGGGCCUUGUGUCGAGCAGGCACCGUCUCAUCAUGUGUCAGCUGGCUGUCCAGAAUUCCGAUUGGAUCAGGGUGGACCCAUGGGAGUGCUAUCAGGACACCUGGCAGACGACCUGCAGUGUGUUGGAACACCAUCGGGACCUCAUGAAGCGAGUGACUGGCUGCAUCCUCUCCAAUGUCAACACACCUUCCAUGACGCCUGUGAUCGGACAGCCACAACAUGAGACUUCCCAGCCCAUUUACCAGAAUAACAACGUGCCCACCAAGCCCACUGCAGCCAAGAUCUUGGGAAAGGUGGGAGAGAGCCUCAGCCGGAUCUGCUGCGUCCGCCCGCCGGUGGAGCGCUUCACCUUCGUCGAUGAGAACGCCAACCUGGGCACAGUGAUGCGGUACGAGGAGAUCGAGCUGCGGAUCUUGCUGCUGUGCGGUAGUGACCUGCUGGAGUCCUUCUGCAUCCCAGGGCUCUGGAACGAGGCAGAUAUGGAGGUGAUUGUUGGCGACUUUGGGAUUGUGGUGGUGCCCAGGGAUGCAGCCGACACAGACCGAAUCAUGAAUCACUCCUCAAUACUCCGCAAAUACAAACACAACAUCAUGGUGGUGAAAGAUGACAUCAACCAUCCCAUGUCUGUUGUCAGUUCAACCAAGAGCAGGCUGGCCCUGCAGCAUGGGGACGGCCAUGUCGUGGAUUACCUGUCCCAGCCGGUCAUCGACUACAUCCUCAAGAGCCAGCUGUACAUCAAUGCCUCCGGCUAG